AUGUUGAGAAAUCGUGCACGUGCUACUUUGGCAUCACAAGCUCGUUAUUUAGUGAGACAGAGCCGGGCCAUAGCUCCUUCAUUGGCUGCAAAGGUGCUGGUAGGCUCUAAUACUGCGACGUAUUCGAGGUUUCAAAGAUGUUUUUCUGUUUACGGGGCUGCUGGGGCACCUAAUAACAACUUUAAGAUGAAUCUAGGUCAAAAUAACCAGUCUGCGUUAGAGCAGUAUGGGACCAACCUGACUAAGCUGGCUAAGGAAGGGAAGCUGGAUCCUGUUAUUGGAAGAGACCAGGAGAUUUCCAGAGCCAUUCAAAUUCUUUCGAGGAGAACGAAGAACAACCCUGUCUUGAUCGGCCGUGCGGGUGUUGGAAAAACGUCGCUGAUUGAUGGUUUGGCACAACGUAUUGUGAAAGGUGAGGUACCGAGCUCUCUGGCAGAUAAGGAGCUGGUGGCGUUGGACCUGGGCUCUUUGGUUGCCGGUGCUAAGUAUAGGGGUGAGUUUGAAGAGAGACUAAAAAGUGUCCUUGAUGAAAUAGACAAGUCGGAUGGUCAGGUGAUAGUUUUUAUCGAUGAAGUGCAUAUGUUGCUAGGUCUAGGGAAGACAGAGGGUUCAAUGGAUGCGUCGAACAUCUUGAAGCCUAGGUUAGCUAAGGGUAUGAGAUGUAUCAGUGCAACUACAAUGGACGAGUUUAAGAUUAUUGAGAAAGACCCUGCAUUGACAAGAAGGUUCCAACCCAUUAUUCUUGAUGAACCAUCUGUUCCUGACACUAUUUCAAUAUUAAGAGGUCUCAAAGAAAAGUACGAGGUGCAUCAUGGUGUCAGAAUCUCCGAUGCUGCAUUGGUUUCAGCAGCACUGCUUUCUAAUAGGUACAUAAACGACAGGUACCUUCCUGAUAAGGCUAUUGACCUCAUAGAUGAAGCAUGUGCAGUCCUACGGUUGCAACACGAAUCAAAACCUGACACUAUAGAGGCAAUUGAUCGGGCUAUUAUGACAAUGGAAAUUGAACUGGAAUCUCUGAAGAAAGAGGUUGAUCCAGUCUCGGUCGAGAGACGUGAUAAGCUCAAGGAGGAAUUGAGCGUCAAAAAGGAGGAAUUGGCGUCACUAACAAAGAUCUGGGAAAAAGAAAAAAGCGAGAUUGAGUCUGUAAAAAAGGUGAAGGCAGAAUUGGAGAAGGCCAGAAUAGAGUUGGACAUUUCGCAGAGAGAGGGCGACUAUGGAAAGGCUUCGGAGCUCCGUUAUGCCAGGAUACCUGAAUUAGAGAAAAAGAUUGUAGACCACGAGAAUGCCAAUGGCGGUGGUAAUAACUUGUUACAUGACUCGGUUACUUCGGAAGAUAUCUCACGUGUGGUUUCAAAGGUUACUGGUAUUCCAGUUGAUACCGUUUUAAAGGGUGACAAGGACCGCCUUUUGUAUAUUGAAGACUCGCUACGUGAAAGAGUUGUUGGCCAAGAUGAAGCUAUUACCUCUGUGUCCCAGGCAGUUCGGAUGCAGCGGGCUGGUUUAACGAGCGAUCGGAGACCAAUUGCAAGCUUCAUGUUUUUGGGACCAACUGGUACUGGUAAGACUGAAUUGACGAAAGCCUUGGCACAGUUUCUCUUUGAUAAUGAAGCCAAUGUUACUAGAUUUGAUAUGAGUGAGUUCCAAGAAAAGCACACAGUAUCUCGGUUAAUCGGCGCUCCUCCGGGCUAUGUAUUGAGUGAAAGUGGUGGUCAAUUAACCGAGGCGGUUAGAAGGAAACCAUAUUCGGUUGUUUUAUUCGAUGAAUUUGAAAAAGCGCAUGCGGACGUGUGUAAAGUCUUAUUGCAAGUUUUAGAUGAAGGUAAACUCACGGAUUCUCAAGGGCAUACUGUUGACUUCCGUAAUACUAUUAUUGUCAUGACAUCCAAUAUAGGUCAAGAUAUAUUGCUGAACGACACUGAGCUUGGAGAUGAUGGGAAAGUCAGUGAAAAUACGAAGAAAAAGGUUUUGAGUGAAGUACAACAUUUGUAUCCGCCAGAGUUUAUUAACCGUAUCGACGAGUUACUGGUGUUCAAUAGAUUGUCUAAAAGUGUUCUUCGUAACAUUGUUGAUAUCAGACUAAAAGAAGUACAGGAACGUCUAUCAGAUAAGAGGAUAACAAUGGAGCUUAGCGAUGAGGCUAAGGAGUGGUUGACAGAAAAAGGUUACGAUCCACAAUACGGAGCAAGACCAUUGAAUAGAUUGAUUCACAAGAAAAUACUCAACCCAAUGGCAUCAUAUUUGCUGGAGGGUAAACUUCGGAAUGAGGAAACUGUUAAAAUUGAUGUCGUUGAUGGAGAAUUGCGUGUGCAGCCAAAUCACGAAUAA